AUGAACUCCUUCACCGCUCAAGAGGAACCCAGUGAAGCUGUUCAGUAUUACUCUGCUGGUGAACCUGCCCUUACGGACGAAAAAUUCUCACAAAUGUCUCUAGAAUCACCUCAACAAGUUGCCGAGCAACCUCACCUUACGAUGAGGAAUGAAGAAAAUAUUCAAGUUGUUCCCAACUUUGAUGACCAGAAAGAACACGGUUCCACUCCUUCGGUUUCUAAAACGACCUACACUUGCCACGUUUGUGAUAAGAGGUACAAACAUAGAAACUGUUUGGUUAAGCAUUUGUGGGAACACCAUGAAAGCUGGGAACUGUGUCUCAAGUUCAACUUGACAAAGCACCAGCAGGUUCAAAUGAUGGAGGCAGCACAGAUUCUUGUUGAUCUUGCUUGUAUAAAACAACACUAA